AUGGACGACGAAACGGAUUCGAGUACCGUCGACGCAGAGUUGACCGAACGACUCGAAGUGAGCGUCGCAUUAACGAAAGAAGAAUGUGUUCGAUUCGUGAAGCAGGUUAACGAAAACUGCCUUAAACUCGUCGAACUUCUCGAGAACAAUGGUAAACUAUUACCAAACAAAAAAAAACGAAAUCGAAAACUACGAGCUGUCUUUGGGAAUUUUGAACCAUCGAUACAAGGGACGGCCAUUACUCGUGAUACCAACAUCGAUGAGGAAGGGCAUCGUAAUCGAAGACCACGAUCACGAAGGUCACUUCUCACUUUCUCAGUCGACAGAACAAUCACUCGAAUCACCGCCGAUUGUUGGUUUUCAUGUCUACGUCGUUGGUACUACUCCCGAGCGACACAUAUCGCCUCGUGGAGCUGGGGUCUGACGGAUACUAAAGAAGUUCACGAACUACGACUCAAGGACGAAAAAGUUGACGAGAUCCGGUCGGAUGCAGACGCCCACCACGGAAUGCGUUCAACACCAGGAUCCAACAGAACUUGGUACGAGCUACGAGCUCAGUCGGUCCUAUACCCGCAAACUUUGAUUUUAUUUACUUUCGGAUAG